AUUAAAUAAAAAAUGAAAAAAAUAAUUAUUUGUAUUUUCAUUAUAUUUUUUAUUUCUAAAAUUUAUUCACAACAAAGUUUGGUAUAUUACAACAGAUCAUAUAUUGAAUUUGACACAGAGUAUCCACGAACGGUUAAUUUUACCUUGUAUGAUGAUCUUAAUUAUAAAAAUAUAAGGGAGGUUUAUCCAAUCAAAUGCAACAGUGAAAAAUGUGUUUUGGAAUUGAAUGAAAAUCAGAUAAAAAACUUUUAUGGUAAUGGUGUUCUAAGAUGUUUAGUUUUUCAAAGAGGUCAAACUUACUGUGAUGAACCAAUUGACUCAAAUAAUUAUAUGUAUCCAUUAAAUUAUGUUCUCUCUGGGUUACCAUCAACUGAAGGCAGUAAACUUCAACUUACUGGUAAUUAUCUAAGAAAUUAUGUUGAUGAUUAUUACAUUGUAGAAGGAGUUGCCAGGGGUAAGACAGUAAAAUGGACUGUUGAUAAAGAGAAUUAUGACCCUGAAAAUUUAACGGUAAAUUUUCCACCUGGUUAUGGAAGUUUUAGAGUGUAUCCUGAUUCUUCUCUGAAGAUAUCAAGAAUAGAUACACACUAUGCCCCUCCUUAUAUUUCUCAAUGUAAUUAUAAAGACUCAAUAAUAACUUUAAAUGGUUUGAAUUUUUAUAAUAGCCCAUCAGUUGCUCAGGUAACUCUAAAUGGAGAAAAUGCAUCAAUUGUUUCAAUAGAUCAUCGUUUAUUAAAACUUGAUUAUGUUACUGAUUAUUCUCAAAGAUUAAAUAUAAGUGUAAAUAUUGGGGGUAUUUCAUUAGAAUAUAUAUAUACUUUUGAUAUUAAACCACAACCUGUGUCGAUUAGUACAACUGUAUCAACUUCAAAAUAUAAUGGCGGUAUAAUUACAAUAACUGGAAGUUAUAUGUCAUCUUCUCAACCAUCAAGUACAAAUGUAUCAUUAAUCAGUAGUGAUAAUAAAAGCUAUAAUUGUGAAUAUAUAUCAUCAACAACAUCUCAAAUAGUUUGUUUAUUAGAGCCUGGUGAGGGUCUAAUAAAUAAAAUUAAAAUUAAAAUAGAUGAAGUUCAAAGUACAGCUGAAAUCAAUUUCAAAUAUGGAGUACCUCGUUUUACAUCAACAAAUGCAAUUCAAAUUGAUAAAACAAAUGAAUUUUCAAUAACUGGCAUUAACUUUGGUAAUAUUAAAGAUUCAAAUGGUACCUUAAAACUUUUACUUGAUGGAAAAGUAAAUAAUGAAAUUAUAAUUAUAUCAAUAAGUGAUGAUGAAACUAAAUUGUCAUUUAAAUUACCAAAUAUAUGUGAAACAUCUGUAAAGCUAUCAAUUGAAGUUAAUGGUGUCAUUUCAAAUAAUAAUAUAACUAUAACACCACAACCUACAUUUAUAUUAGCUCCAUCAAAACCAUUAACAAAUGGAUCAUCAUUACAUAUUGAUAAAUACUUUUCAUGUAAAGAGAUUAUUGUAAAACCAUCUAUUACAGUUGAUGGCUCAGAUCAUAUUGACUGUACAUUAAUUUCAAAUACUGAAACAAGUUGUAAUGUUGGUGCUGGAACUGGUAAACAUUCAUUUAAAUUUUAUGUUGAUGGUAUUGAAAAAAUCAAUUCAUUAUUUGAAUAUGCUCCACCAACAAUUGUGUUACAUAGUGUUAAUGGGUUAAAAUCAAUUACAUUAACUGGUAAUAACUUUGGUAAUGAUUCAUCAAAAUGUAAUUUAAUAUUUGCAAAUAAAAAUGUUACAUGUAAAGUUAUCAGUGAUACAACUAUUACAUUCGAUGCAGAUUCACAAUAUGAUUAUGGUAAUGUCAGUCUUAUAAUCGAUAGUAUUCCAAUGUCAAAUGAAAACUAUAAAAUAAUGUUACCAUCAAUAAUUGGAUUGGUAAAAGAUAAUAAUAUUUCAACAAGAAAUGGAACAGUGUGUAUUGGUGGUUCAAGAUUACCUGAAACUAAAUCUGGUGUCAACAAUUCAAAUAAUGUUACAAUUGAAAUUAAAUCACAUUUAAAAGGCGGUACAAAUACAUUUAAAGAUUAUAAUGUUUCAAAUAAUAUGAUUUGUGUAUUAUUAAAUGAUGGAUAUGUUGGUACAUUUGAUUUAUCAGUAUUCAUUUAUAAUGAAUUCAUUUCAAAAUAUACAAUAUCAUAUAAUAAACCAUCAUUUAAUAAUAGUUUAAUUAAUAUUAAAGAUGGUGGUAAUAAUACUUAUCAAUUUGAAGUAUAUGGUAAUGAAUUCGGUGAACCAUUUGAAAUUCAUUUUAAUACAUCAAAAGGUGACUUAAUAAUGAAUUGUACAUUCAAUAUAUCAAUACAACACAAUAAUAAUGAUUUAUACAAUUGUAGUUAUUCAAAAAUCAAUAUUGAUUCAAUUAAAGAUGGUAAUGAACAAUUAUACUUAAAAAUAGGUGAAUCUAAAUAUACAAUCAAUUCAACAUUAAACUUUGAAAACAAGAAGUCUGAUAACAAAAGUAGUACAUUGAAGAAAGCAUUAAUUCCAACAUUUGUCGGUGGUGCUGCAUUGUGUGGUGCUGCAUUUAUUGGUUAUAAAUAUAGAGAAAAUAUAUUUAAAAAAAUUGAUAAAUUAAAAAAUGGUAAAUCAAAUGUAUAGUUAUAAAAUUAAAAAUAAAUAAAAAUAAAUAAAUUAUAUUAAAUCUUUUUCUUUUAUUU